GUAGAGACUGCCUGUUUUGGUGCUUCUGUUAGAUGACCAUGUGAAGGAAUGAACUGAAGGCAAUGGGAUCCCGCUCCCGCAUCAAGGAAAAUCCACAGAAAAUAUUUGAUCUUUUCUUCGAAGCUGCUUGUCCAGUGCCUGGAGAUGAUGAUCCUCAAGUGCUCAGACAGUUCCCGCUGGAGUUCGAUGACCAGGAAUCAGUCCAGAUGCUGCCCAGGUUUUGCUUCCCCUUUGAUAUUGAAAGGGUCCUGGAAACCCCCACAGUCCAGCACUUUACUUUUGCACUCACCGACAUGGAAGGCAAGCAGCGUUUUGGUUUCUGCCGGCUGUCCAUAGGCUUCCAUACUUGUCUGUGCAUCCUCAGCUAUUUGCCCUGGUUUGAAAUUUUCUACAAGAUCCUGAACUACAUUGCGGAUAAUUUAUUCAAGAAGCAGUUGAUGGAACUGAAUGAAUUCUUGUCAGCACUGCAUGUCCACCCUGUGCCUGACCUCAGCAGUCCUAUCAGCCUUGAAUUUGACCCACAGCUGACCAAAUUGAAAAUUUCCACUGAGAAGAAUCGGAACUUAGAAGGCAGGAGCCAGGAUCCUGGGACAGCCCUGGCUUAUUUCAUUGCCCCUGACCACGGUAAACUGCCAACCAUCCCUGAAAAUCGGAAUCUGACAGAGUUUGUUGUGGCCAUGGAUGUGAACAACAUGCUGCGUCUAUAUGCAAGCCUGCUCCAUGAACGAAGGAUUCUGCUGACCACCAGCAAGCUGAGCACGCUCACUGCUUGUGUGCAGGCAUCUUCUUCCAUGCUGUAUCCCAUGCACUGGCAGCACAUCUACAUCCCUGCGCUGCCCUCACAUCUCCUGGACUACUGCUGUGCCCCCAUGCCCUACCUCAUAGGAGUCCAUACCAGUUUCAUGGAGAGAGUUAGGAGCAAGGCGCUGGAAGAUGUUGUCAUCCUCAACAUUGACACCAACACAAUGGAAUCGCCAUUCCCGGACCUGGAAAGUCUCCCAAGUGAUAUAAUCUCUCUUUUGAAGUUCCAGUUGAAGAAACAAUCAGCAACCACUGGGGACGGUGUGGCCCGAGCCUUCCUCAGGGCACAAGCACUCUUGUUCGGCAGCUACCGCGAGGCACUUGUUUUUAAUCCAGGAGAGCCCAUCUCCUUUUCUCAAGAGAGCUUCCUGCAGCAGGGAUCCAGCACCAUGCAGGCUUUCUUCCAGCGGGCCGUCCACCUCCAGCUCUUCAAAGAGUUUAUUGAGGACCGCCUGGAGAAGCUAAAUGCCGGGGAGGACUUCUGUGACCUCUUUGAGCAGGAGAUCAAUCGAAGCUUGUCCCCAGGUAGCAUGCAUGCCUAUCACUUGUGGCUGGAGAACCUAAAGAAAGGUGGAGGAGCCCUGAUCAGUACCAUGAAAAACAAAGCCAAUCCAGCAGUGAGGAGCGUAUACCAAUAUGCCAAAGGCCAUGCCAAAACAAGACUAAAGAAUAUGCGGAGCCGCCUGAUGGAUAAGGACUCCAGUGUAGACCAGCACCGACAGCGAGGUCAUUCCCUGAACUGCGAUCACAUCUCUAGUCCUAUCAUGCCCACAAGGAACAAACAGUCUGAGACCCUGCAAAGCCGAUUGCCCAUCACCCAGCAUUUUGGGAAGUCUCGUCCCAGGCGACCACAAAUGCAGACCAGCAGAACAGAACUGGAGGAUCAAAGGGAUGUUUCUACCUUUUCCAGCACAACAUCACUGGAUUGCUCCCUGGGCCAAGAUGAAAGUGAAAAUCUGCAACCGGGUGUCCUGGAUUCAGGCGACUUUGAUCUCUUAGGUGAAAUUUUUGAGACAUUAAACCUGUUGGAGCCCAGCCAAGCCGGACGGCCUCUCUAUGGCACUCGUAGCCUUGAUUUUUGCAAUUUAGAUGAGAAGAACUUCUAUAUGAAGAUGAGGCCCAGCAGAGAGACCCUCUAUGAACCCCUGUCUGAGGAACAGGAUGAUGGGGAGUCCUUGUCUGUGGAUCGGAUGUCUCUGGCUUCUCUGGACCAGGAGGAUAUGCAGAGUGCCUUGCUACUGUCCAUGAGUGCUGCAGCCCAGGACAAUGAGAAAUAUAGCCAUGGUAUCUCUGAAUCUGAAGAGGUUUCUGGUCCUGAGAAGGCACCACUGCUCCAGCUCCAGGAAGAAGAAGAGGAGGAUGAAAAGAUGGCUGCAUCUGAUAACAGUGAGGUAUCAUAUGUGGCAUGGACCCAGAACAUAGACCAGGAGGUCUCCCAUCCUAUUGCAAAUAGAACAGAAAGCCACACUGGUGUGACAUCUGUAGAGGAACCAAGGGUUCACCAGAUCCUUGACUCCUUAGCAGCCUUUUCCAGCCCAGAAGCAGAGCCACCAGUCACCAGUUGCUCCAGCAUCCAGGCACCUGCAGUAUCAUUCCAAACAAAAGUUAGUGUGACCAAGGAUGUCAAGGAGGCAAAGGAGACCAUACCUGCCUUUGGACAGGUCACACAACGCCUGUUGGUUCCCAGGCCUGUGGUCCAGCCCAGAGUGUCAGAACUGAAGAAGAGAUUUGAGACCUAGAAGGUAAUCCUGAAAAUGCAGUGAGGGUAAUGUUGGGUGAAAAAGACCUUCUUACAUGUGGCUUCUGGAAAGAACAUAUUGCCCGUGUGGCUGGUCAAGUCACACCAGAGAUCUGUCCUCUAGAACAGCAGGGAGACUCUGGACUUUGAAACACUCUUUGUUGUUGUUGUUAACCCCCCUCGGAUCAAUCUCGACUCAUGGCAACCCUGUGGAGGAGGCAUCUCCAAAACUCUAUCUGCCACUAUUAUUCUAAGUUCUUGCAGAUUCAUACCUGUGACCUCCUUAAUUGAGUCUAUUCAGCUACCAUUUGGUCUUCUUCGCUUCCCUCCACCUUUCCUAACAUUGUUGUCUUUUCUAAUAAGCCAUGUUUUCUCCUGAUGUGGCCAAAAAAAAAAUUCAGUUUGUUCAUCCACGAUAUACAGUAGUAUUGGUUCAAUUUGUAGUUCAAAAAUUAGAAAUUAGACCUUUUCACGUUCAAAUAUGAGAUUACUUCUUAAGGGAGUGUGAACAUUAAUCAAACAUUUCCUAGGGGUUUGGGGCAUAGGAAAUGUUGGGAACCACUGCUUUGGGGGGCUACAACAUUAAAAAAUGUAACAUUUCCAAGCUUGGGUAGGACAACCAUUUAAAUAAAUUUGUCACACUGACCAAGCACCCUUCCUCUUCUAAACAUACAAGAUUGCUUCUUAUGAAAUGUUUCCUAAAUGUAGCAGCCAAGAGUCAUAUGAGGAGAAAAGCACAUCAGAAUUAGAAGGAAGAGU